AUGAAAUCAAGAAUAUUGCUGACUAUAGGUAGUUGUCUAUAUAUAAGUAUACUAAGUAAUUCGUUCUCAAGUGCGACUGCCACUUACGGUAGUCUAUCAAAACAUGAGCGUACCAAACGAACGCCAAUACCGUGGCUCGUCUUUCCAACGACCUCACCCACUCGCGUUAUGUUCAUUGGCGGCAUUGGUAUACCGCUUGAGGAUCUUGAAUACGAGGCUGUGACAACAGGCUAUGUUCUAAAGGCGGAAUACUGGUUGCCCGAAACGCCGGAUUCAUUGCGUACUCCCACAGCUUUGCCUCUUAACCAGGUGCCUACGUUGGGAUCUGUUGGUGCGCGCAGACGUCGACCUAUGUUUGAGAACUUUCUGGUUGACGCCAAUGAAUUGGGCAAGAGCACAAGGAAGCUGCUAACGAGAACCAACAAAGUGUUGAGCAGCUAUCGUUGGACGAUGUACAAGGGCUUGGAGGGUUUGGCUAAACGCCUGGGCUAUCAGGGGCGCAUUUGUGUGCUGAAAAGCAUUUGCGAGGCAGCCGAGGAGCCUUUUCAUAUUGCAAACGGCCUCAUUGCCGACCUUUUGCAUAUUCUGCUGACACCCUCUUCAUCGGUGGAUAAGCUGUCAGAGCAUGCGGAUAAUGAGUAUUACUAUGCCGAGAAGGUGGGCCAAUCGGGCGCGGGCUGUGACCGAGUGUUUAAGGAAUGCCAUCGCAGUUUGCUGCAACACUUUAGCGAACUACAUGACAAUCUGGACAAAUUUAUGUAUUAG